UACUUCCGGGUCUGGAAGGCUGCUUGCCAAGACUAUCCAAGCGACGAAGCUGCACCCUGCAGGAGCUGUUCACCCAGCUGCAGCGCUGACUGCCGAGAGCUAGCCGGACGUCCCUGGCGAAGGGAGAGUGGAAAUGCCGCCCACUAGAGACAAGUAACUCACUUGGAACACUUCGAGUGCACACCCACUCUGAGCAGGUCCCUCCAGGGCUGUUUUCUUCCCUAGUCAGGAGGAAUAUGAGCCAGAAGCUGUUGAAGUUGGAGAACGUGCUACAAUUGCACACUGUUUGUAGACAGCUGCAUGUCCUGGGUCCAAGGAGAGCGUCGGCCAGGUGGGGCCGAGGCUGUGGCUCCGCUCCUCUGGCCGGGACAGCGCAGCGGUACGCCUGGCCCCAGAGGGGAGACCUACUCCUCAGGACAGCUUUAUGUCAGUAUAGGCUGCUGGUAACAAAGAAGGAAAAAAAGCCAUGGAAACCUCAGUUACCUUCAACGAAACCCAAAAAGGAGAUAGAAGUAUGGAUUGGAAUGACUGUUGAGGAACUGGCUAGAGCAAUGGAGAAAGACGCAGAUUACGUAUAUGAAGCUCUACUGAACACUGCUAUUGAUGUCGAUUCCCUAGAAGCAAACUCACGUUUAGAAGAAGUCUGGAUCAAAGAAGUGAUUAAAAAGGCAGACAUGAAGUUGAAGUGGAGUAAAUUAAAGCAAGACAAAGUCAGAGAAAAUAAGGAUGUAGUAAGAAGGCCCCCGGCAGAUGCAGCCUUAUUAACCCCAAGGUCCCCAGUUGUUACUAUCAUGGGCCAUGUUGAUCAUGGGAAAACGACGUUACUUGACAAACUUCGAAAAACUCAAGUGGCAGCAAUGGAAGCUGGAGGCAUCACUCAGCACAUUGGUGCCUUUCUUGUCUCUAUGCCUUCUGGGGAGAAGAUUACCUUUCUCGAUACCCCAGGCCAUGCUGCUUUUUCAGCAAUGAGAGCCAGAGGUGCCCAAGUCACUGACAUCGUCGUAUUGGUUGUAGCUGCAGAUGACGGCGUGAUGAAACAGACUGUGGAAUCUAUUCAGCAUGCCAGAGAUGCUCAAGUUCCUAUUGUCCUUGCCAUAAACAAAUGUGACAAAGCUGAUGCUGAUCCUGAGAAGGUGAAAAAAGAGCUGCUGGCUUACGAUGUGGUGUGUGAAGAUUAUGGAGGUGAUGUGCAAGCUGUGCAUGUCUCUGCACUGACGGGUGAUAACCUGAUGGCUCUGGCUGAAGCAACAAUUGCUCUUGCAGAAAUAUUAGAACUGAAGGCAGAUCGCACUGGUCCAGUGGAAGGAACGGUGAUCGAGUCCUUCACAGACAAAGGAAGAGGCCCUGUUACUACAGCUAUAAUUCAAAGAGGAACUUUGAGGAAAGGCUCGAUUCUAGUUGCUGGAAAAACUUGGGCAAAAGUACGCUUGAUGUUUGAUGAAAAUGGAAAAACAAUCAGUGAGGCCUAUCCCAGCAUGCCAGUGGGAAUUAUUGGCUGGAAAGACCUUCCUUCUGCAGGUGAUGAAAUUCUAGAAGUAGAAUCUGAGCCACGGGCACGUGAAGUUGUUGACUGGAGGAAGUAUGCACAAGAGCAGGAGAAAAACAAAGAUGACCUGAAGAUAAUAGAAGAAAAGCGAAAGGAACACCAGGAGGCCUAUCAGAAAGCCCGUGACAAGUACGGCACUUUGCACUGGAAGGAGAGAUCUUACAUGAAGUACCUAGAAAGGAAGGAGCAGACAUACCUCAAGCAGAAGGAGAAACCAGGGGGAGACUCAAACGUACUUCCUGUGGUCAUUAAAGGUGAUGUGGAUGGUUCUGUUGAGGCCAUCUUGAACAUUAUGGCUACCUACGAUGCUUCCCAUGAGUGCGAACUAGAAUUACUUCAUUUUGGAGUGGGUGAUAUUAGUGAGAAUGAUGUGAACCUCGCCGAAACAUUUAAUGGUAUUGUUUAUGGCUUUAAUGUGACUGCAAGCAAUGUUAUCCAGAAGGCAGCUGCAAAAAAAGGAGUAAAAGUUAAAGUUCACAAAAUCAUUUACCGGUUAAUUGAAGAUUUGCAAGAGGAGCUGAGCAGUAGAUUACCCUGCUCGGUGGAAGAACACACAGUAGGUGAAGCUUCAAUACUUGCUACCUUCUCUAUAACAGAAGGGAAGAAAAAAGUGCCUGUCGCUGGCUGCAGAGUCCAAAAGGGACAGUUAGAAAAACAGAAAAAAUUUAAACUAAUCCGAAAUGGACACAUCGUUUGGAAGGGCUCAUUAACUUCACUGAAGCACCAUAAAGACGAUGUUUCGACCAUCAAAACUGGAAUGGACUGUGGUCUUAGUUUAGAUGACGAAAAGGUAGAAUUUAAAGUGGGAGAUGAAAUUGUUUGUUAUGAAGAAAAGGAAGUUUUAGCCAAGACUUCUUGGGAUCCAGGAUUUUAAAUUCUAUGGAAACUAA